ACCUGAUUCCGGAAAUCGCACAAGCGAACGAGAAGGGAGGAGUCGAUCCCGUCGUAGACCAGCAGCUCGGAUUCUUGCGUGACAUGCUGAAGGUGGAGGAGAGCUCGGGUUGGGCGGCGCCGCGGACCUGCGAGUCGUGCCGGUCUGCGCCGUGCACGGUGUACUGCCGCGCCGACGCCGCGGCGCUGUGCGCCGCCUGCGACGCAAGCAUCCACUCCGCCAACCUGCUCGCGCGCCGCCACCACCGCGUCCCCCUCCUCCCCGACCUGGCCGGCGGCGGCCUCGUCGUCAGGCCCGGUCUCAGCGCUGCCUACCACGUCGGCGUCCCGUCGGGCGCGGGCGAGAAGGACGGCGACGAGGAGGCUGCCGCCUGGCUGCUGUUUGAUGCUGUGAAGGGCGGCAGCGAGGGCGCCGGGGGGCUGUCGUUCGCCGAGGAGGCCGACGAGUUUUUGGACCUUGUCGAGUACGAUUCCAGUGAGAAUGAGUGUGGUAGCGAUCAGCAGCAGCUGCUGCAGGAGGCGCAGCAGUUCAGCCAUGGGAAGAGCGAGGAGAGGGACCAUUUGGUGCCAAAUGAGCAGCAUCAGCAUAGCUUGCAGAUGGAGUUUGAUGCCUCCAAUGGAUUCAACUACUCUUCUUCCCUCAGCCACAGAGUUUCUUUCUCAUCCAUGGAUGCAAGUGUCGUACCGGACACUUCCAUCGGAGCGCCCAAAGGAACCAUGGAUCUCUUCUCGGGCCACCAUCCUCUUCAAGUUCAACCACAGCUCAAUCUCAUGGACAGAGAAGCCAGAGUGCUUAGAUACAGGGAGAAGAGGAAGACGAGGAGGUUUGAGAAGACCAUAAGGUAUGCAUCGAGAAAGGCGUAUGCUGAAACGAGGCCACGAAUCAAAGGCCGGUUUGCGAAGAAGUCCGAUGUAGAGCUCGAAGUGGAUCAGAUGUUCUCCACCGCUGUUGUGUUAGCUAAUUCAAGGUUUGGUGUCGUCCCAUCGUUUUAAGGACUUGUGUAAGAAACUAUGAUGCCACAAUGGAUAGAUUGUAUGAUGAUGACUCGCUUUCCAGGUGUUUAAGAUCGAACACAUGUUUAACCCACUUUGGUAAGAAUCUUUCCUGA